AUGGACGAUGGAAGGAUCUAUUAUGCGAAGUGAGUCUUUUCCCGUAGCUUAAUUCGUGAUUUUAUGAAAGGUCCUUUCAGGGAUCUGUUCCAAAACAUUUUGUCCGGCUUACGGAUGCAGGUUCCAGUACAGGAACUGAGUUGUGAUCGUUAUAAAUUAGAGGUUUUUAAGAAAAAGAUAUUUAUAUUAAUUCAUAAAGUACAUUUUUCCUUUUCUGUAUAAAUUUUUGUCGAACAUAACGUCCUACAAACUCGCUUUUAAUUUUUUCUUAAUGUAAACAAUGAUAUUGGACGUUUUAUUGUUGGUCUCGCUCAAUUGAUUUGUGACAAUUUAAACAUUUGCUUACCUUAUUCUUAAUAAAAAUUUAAUUUUAUAGUCAUUUGACAAAAUCAACUCAGUGGGAACAUCCAACGUCGGGAAAAAGAUACAAAGUCUGUGGAGGUAUUUCAAAUUACAUGAUUUACAAAUUAAAUUGUUAAUUGUGUCAAACCUUUCAAUCUUAAAAAGCGUAUAAAAUGUAAUUUCUUCUUGAAAUGUCAAUAGAGCACCCAGAAAGGUAACAAGAAUUGCCAGUUUUUCUGCAAGGUGUUAUCUCCAUAACCAAAAACUCUUCGAAUCGAUUUACAAAGGAAUGUUGAGAAAUGGAAAUGGAGAUUUCCUGAUCAGAUUUUGAAGCUCUGAUAGGGCUUACAAAUAGAUUAUCGUUUUUUUUCAUUUAUUUUUUGUAGAGCUUCCACAAGGCUGGCAACAAUUAUAUGACAGUAAAGGGAGUGUUUUCUUUUUUUGAGUGAGUAAUUUAAUCUCUUUGAAAUCAUAUCACAGAGAUACUAUCCUCUGAAAAUAUUAAGUAUUUGAAGAUGCUUGAUUUGGGGUCAUUACCCAUUACCCAAUUAUAUUUUUAAAAACUUGAAAUUAGAAAUGACUGCUUUAUUGCAAUCUCUGACCAUAGACUGAAAGUCACUUGUCAUGUAGAUGCACAUGUCUGGAUAAAGUCCCUCAAAAAUUCUUUGAAGCGGUCAUCCCUAAGAAGAAAAUCUGUCACUGGUAACAAUUUUUUGAUACAGAUGAAAUUUUCCUUGAUUUUGCUUUUAUGUGCAAACAUAUUCCGUGAUUUACUGUUUUAUGGAAAAUUUAACAAGUUGUUGAUCUGGAGAUUUUUUUGGUAUCCUAAAGACUUCUUGUCGUAAUGGGAGAGCUGACAUAUAUCCAAGUUCUCAUCUUGUGUUAAAGUAGGAUCCAUUCUUAAAGAUAAUUUAGUUUCCACUGAUUGAUUGGUACAAUCUUUUAACAGUUCUGUGAAUAGAGUAACCACUUAUGCUGACCCAAGAAUAGCCCUAAACUUCACCAAAAGUAAAAAAAAUUCAAAAAAGUUGGAUAGUCACUCUACAGCCAUGCAUGUGUUAAAUGGAGAGGACUUGAGUGGAAAGGUUGCCAUUGUGACAGGAGCCAAUAGUGGCAUAGGUUAGCACAUUUAACACAUUGUGUUCAGGAACCAUUUUAAAAUUUACUGAACCUUUCUUGAAGGUCAGCUAUCUACAACAAGCAUUGUUUCUUUAUUUGCUCUCAGAUUACUAUUAUCACACCAAACCUCUCUUCAAUGGCCAUCUUUCUACAUGUUGAAAUUAACCAUAAUUGUCCUUUGAUUUGCCUUAAGCAUGUAAUAGUUGGAUGAUUACAUCUCAAUGCCCCUCUCUUCUUACCUGGUUUAAACCAUUCCUUUGUUUGAUCUCAUCCAUGUUUUUAAGCCAACAAAAACUGUAGCUACAUGAAGUAAUGAUUAACCCUUUAACUCCCAAGAUCUGAUUGUUAAUUCUCUCCUCUAGCUGCUACACAUUUCAUUGUAAAAUGGUUACGUAGAAUUUGAUGUUCAAUCUAGAUAAUAUCGUGUACCUGAUAAUUUUGGGUAAUCUCACCACCUAUUUUCCUACCCAGGUAGUCAGGCAGUAUUCAAUCUAUUUUAUCCUAUUUUAAAAAUUUUUGCUCCUCUUAACCCUUUAAACUCCCAAGAUCUCAUUAGUAAUUCUCUUUACUGUCACCAUAUAAAUAUUGCAAUAUUAGUUUGGAGUAUUUGGUAUUGGAUCAACUAACAAUCCCCUAAUUUAUGUCUUUCUUUUGUCCUCAUCACUUGUCUUCUUGAUAUUGUAUUGAUAUUUUAAGGAGAAAUUCUGUCUUGGUCUCUUAUAUGGGAGUUAAAGGGUUAAACUAAUGAAAUCUUUUUGUUUGUUUUUUUUAGGUUUUGAGACUGCCAAGGCACUGGCACUUCACGGAACUCAUGUGAUCUUAGCUUGUAGGAACAUGAACAAAGCAAACAGGGCGGCAGCUAUGAUUAGAACAAGUACAGGUCAUUAACUGAAAUGUUUACUCUUGUUAAUUUCUUUCCUAUGAAUAUUUUACUGUUUAUUUACCAUACUCUUAGAUAUUUCCAUUACUUAAAUUAAUUCAAAUUGUCAGUGUCAUGAUAUUAUCAGAAGGCUCCAUUUUAGGUCAGCAGUCAUCAUAUUACUAGUACCCAGGGCACUGCAUACAAAAAGGGUGAAUCAUUAUGCACUUGUGGUGUGACUUAGUUUAGUUUUGUUCUUCUUGCUUGGCAAUAAAACAUGCAUGUUCUCACAAUCUACAUCUCCUGUUCUUGAUCAAGAAGCACAAUGGUCAUUCCUACUGUACUUUCAAUAUUUAAUUUUAUAUGUACAUUAAUGGAGAUGUAUUUUCAGAAUUUCUUAUAAGUUUUGUUAUUAAGUUAUAUCAAGCAUGUGGGGAAUUAAAACCAGUACAUUCAGCAAACUUUCUUAGUUUUUAAAAUAUAGUUUUAUUUUCUUACUUCCUCAAAUGCUGUAGACCCCUGAGGGUUUACGUGGAAGCCAUGUUGCUAGACCUGGCAUCAUUUACAGUAUCAAAAACUUUGCAGAAGAAUUUAGAGGGCGGAAACUGUGAGUGAAACCUACUCUAAAUCAAUUAUUUAACCAUUUUGGCAGAAGGCAAUAUUUUAAAGAAAGGAAUGUGCUGUGUGCAAUUUUUCAAAAACUGAGUAAGAAUUUGAAAAUGCAAAAAGUGCACACAAAGUGUAAACUAGUUAACUUGAUUAAGAAAAGCAGAGGAGGAGUCCUUAUACUGUUUCAUGCAUUAAUUUUUAGAAAAAUUCACAAAUCACAUGUACCUAAACAGCUUUUUAUCUUUCAUUCAUUUGCCAAAUUUCUCUUAAAAUUUUGCAGUUUCUUCUUCAAGUUGGUAAUUCUAAAUGUAUAAUUUUAUUUCUCAAAUUUGGGAUUUUUCUAGUCCUCUUCACAUUCUUAUUUGUAAUGCUGCUGUAUUUGGUUUAUCAUGGAGCAAGACAGAGGAUGGAAUUGAGAGCACUUUUUUGGUGUCAAUCAUCUUGGCCAUUUCUACCUUGUGAAGUUGAUAGAAGACAUUCUUUGCUCAUCAUCUCCUGCCAGAGUUGUAGUUUUGUCUUCAGAAUCACAGGUGAGAGAAAUCUGUGUUCAUUUCACCAAAUCACAAUUUGGGCUUUUUGUGCAGUGUAAGUUAGCCAUAAUGACUCUGUUGUUUUGUGUCCCUCAGUUUCCAAUUUUGAAGGGCCAGCUCCAAAAAGUAAUAUACCUGUACUGUAGAAAACACUGAAUGGUAAUUUUGAGAGAUAAGAAAAUAACAAGAAAAGUCAGCUAAUUUCAAGUAUUGUAGCAGUACUGUGUUAUUGUUUCAUAUUAUACUGAUAACUUUUUGCUGAUAAAUCCUGGCAACAUUAAUUAAGAAGUACAAAGCUUUGGAACUCCACAUCUGAAGAGAAAGUAAAAAUUAAGGAGAAUCUUGAUAUUUGAUCAUUUGAUUUUUGAAUGUGGAAAAUAAAUAAUGCAAUCUGGGUUCAACUUGGAAAAAAAAAAAAAAAAACUUUUGAGAAAAAUUAAUUUUUUUUCUCUGAAACAAAAGAUGUAUUUUGAGUUUAUUUGGAUGAUAAGUUAUUGAUUAAGUCUUUUCUCCUUCCCUAG